AUGGAGAAUGGAAGUCUUUCAGCAGUGACAGAGUUCAUCUUCACCACCUUUCCCAGCCUCCAGGAUGGUAGUCUCAUGUACUUUUUCCCUUUGCUUUUUAUCUAUACUUUCAUUGUCAUUGGAAAUCUGCUGAUUUUCUUUGCUGUAAAAUGGCACAGCCAUCUUCAUAAUCCCAUGUAUAAUUACAGCAUCUUUUCCUCUCUGGAGAUCUGGUAUACUACAGCUACCACUCCUAAGAUGCUGUCCAACCUCGCCAAUGAAAAGAAGUCCAUCACCAUCACUGGCUGCCUCUUGCAAAUGUAUUUCUUCCAUUUGCUGGGAAAUUCAGAGGGGAUUUUGCUGCUCACCAUGGCUGUUGACAGAUACAUUACCAUCUGCAACCCUCUUCACUGUCAGAUGAUCAUGACCCCCGGGCUCUGUGUUCAGCUUUCUGCAGGCUCUUGCAUCUUCGGUUUCCUCAUCUUGCUUCCUGAGAUUGUGAUGAUUUCCACUCUGCCUUUCUGUGGACCCAACCAGAUCCAUCAGAUCUUCUGUGUCUUGGUCCCUGUGCUGAGCCUAGCCUGCACAGAUACUUCUAUGAUUGUCAUUGAGGAUGUGAUCCACGCUGUAGCCAUUAUCAUCACAGUUCUUAUUAUUGCUCUGUCUUACGUACGAAUUGUCAUCGUGAUUCUGAGAAUUCCUUCUGCUGAGGGUAGGAAAAAGGCCUUUUCUACCUGUGCUGGUCACCUCAUGGUCUUUCUGAUAUUCUUUGGCAGCGUGUCACUCAUGUACUUGCGUUUCAAUGCCACUUAUUCCCCAGUUUUAGAGACAGCCAUUGCACUGAUGUUUACUGUACUUGCCCCAUUCUUCAAUCCCAUCAUUUAUAGUCUUAGAAACAAGGACAUAAAGAAUGCAAUUAAAAGACUCUUCUGCCUUCACAAAGCUUUGAACACAUCUGGGGGUUAA